AUGUUGUUCGCGAAAUAUUUCACAUUGGCGGCUGCCGCCCUUGCAGCCCAAGUCACUGCCCUUCCUUCUACUUUCUCUUCUGUCCCUGAGGCCCUCGGUGACCUCGACCCUAUCAGCACUUCUAUUGAAGGUCUUUCGCAGAGGAUUGCCCAGUCGCCAGGAGGUAUUACCGAGCUCAUGUCCAUUACCAACGAUAUUUAUGAUGUCUGUGACAUGGCCAAAAAGGGACGGGCUAGAUUUGAUGGCAUGGCUCCUUUUUCCAAGCAAGAGGAGCUUGAAGGAAGACCUCAUAUUGAACGACUGGUUAUUGGCCUGACGUCUGCUAUGGAUGCUACUUCUACUAAGGUUCCCCUCAUCAAGGCAGUUCCUGGUGGUACUCUAGUUGCUAAACGUGUGGCCGGCCGGGUUAACGAGGAGAAAACAGGAUUCGAGUCCAGUCUCCAAAAGAAAUGCUCAGCUGAAGGGUUCGGUCAGUUUAAGGAUGCAAUGGACGAGUUUGACAAGAAGUUUGACGCUUUGAUGGCUCAGCUUUGA